AUUUUUAUUAUUUGUACGCUUACGACGUACAUGAUUUGUUUUAUUUACAUUAACCUUAUUAAAUACGAAUGUGGCAAGUUAGGAUUUUAAUACUUUGUAUCAUUCAUUCUGUACAUUGUGCACCUGAUCGUCCAGGAUGUCCAAAAUGUACCAGUCACAAAGCUACACCAGCUUGUCCCGUGUGUGUCAUGUACAGGCACCAGUGUAACUCAGAUAAGGAGUGCAAACGAGGUCAAAUAUGUUGUCUUAAUCCACAAUGUGGAAGAUCAUGUCGAGAACCAGAACGUAUAACAAAACCCGGUGUAUGUCCAAUUAACACUAGACCUGACCAGAUGUGUGCAGCAUUUGUUUUUAAUUGUGUACACGAUGGACGUUGUCCUGGUAACCAAAAGUGUUGUGUACAGGGAUGUUACUUAAGUUGUGUUGAACCAGUAAACUCCAGAUAUUAUAAACAUAAACUGGGUUGAUGCUCUAGAGACAAAUGUUGUCAUUUGAUGACGUGUUCAUCCUGUUUAUUGAUAAAUACUGCAGACGAGAU